AUGGCCCACGACCCUGACACUAUUUUCAAAGUUUUACGCCCAGUGCCAGAGUUUGACGGUAAUCCUAAUGUACUAACUAGGUUUAUAAAAUUAUGUGACCAAAUAUGUGCUGCAUAUCUAAGUAAUGAACCUGGCAGUGAACUAUCGAACUUAUGUUUGCUUAACGGUAUAUUAAAUAAAAUAACUGGACCCGCCGCGACUACUUUAAAUUCAAAUGGUAUUCCUGAAAGCUGGCAUGGCAUUCGUACAGCUUUAAUCAAUAACUUUUCGGACCAAAGAGACGAAACGGCGCUCUAUAAUGACCUCUCAUUAGCUACUCAGGGGAACAGCUCUCCCCAAGAAUUUUAUGCACGAUGUCAGACACUGUUCAGCACUAUCAUGACGUAUGUUACGCUUCAUGAAACCUUGCCUACUACAAUAGAAGCCAAACGUGUAUUAUAUAAGAAUCUAACGAAGCAAGCUUUCGUGCGCGGUUUAAAGGAGCCACUGGGCUCACGAAUACGUUGCAUGCGUCCUGAUACCGUUGAAAAAGCCUUGGAGUUUGUACAGGAAGAACUGAAUGUUAUGUACUUGCAACAACGCGGUGAAUCUUUCGCCGAGAGGAAACCUCAAGCACCUAAGCCUCUCCAACCUAGCUACAUGACCUUACCUUUGCAAAAACCAUUCAGUUUUCCUGCACCGAUACCAAUGCCCAAUUUACAGCGACCUUUACAUGUACCACAGCAGCAAGGUUUUAGGCCUAACGUGCCACCACAGUAUAACAUGCCUACGAGAACUCAACAAAUGUUCCGCGCUUUGCCACCUAAUUAUAAACCCCAUAGUAAUACGUUUAGAUUACCAAAUAGGAAUCCACCCCAUGACUCAGGUCCGAAGCCUAUGAGUGGGGUUAGCCAUUACGUACCUAAACCAAUGCCCCCGACAGGUCUGACCGGUCAUGAUUGGCGCAAAUACGGUAACCCGCCGCCUUCAAAUUACUUCAAAAGUAGGGAAAUGAAUUUUAACGAAUGUGCUGAUUACGAUAGUUACUAUUAUCCUGAACACCAAUACGACUAUUACGACUAUAAUGAUAAUGACGACUAUACCAAUACUGUGGCCUAUGACUAUGACGACACACAGCAUUACCAAUACCAUGACGCAACUGAGAUAAAUGAUACAACGCAACAAGAUAACAUAGACUGCCAACCUUCUACAAGCAGUUCGCCUCAGGAUUUUCAAAAGACUCGUUUUUCAAAAAAGCCAAAAUAG